AUGGCCUCUCCACCAUCUCUUCCUUCGGAAAUAUGGUUUGAUCAUAUUCUACCGCGAGUUAAAUCGCUCGACAGCCUAGGGUUGUGUAGGGUGGUUUCAAAGGACUGGAAUCACAUCACAUACGAGUCAAGGUUCUGGCAAUUGUUUUGCAAGAGAAGUGACACAGUGUCUGGGUUUUUAUUUCAGAAUUUCCACGAUCACAAACUCUCAUCAACGUUUGUGUCUGUCGAUAACAAGGCCAACAAGACUUUGAAGCUCUCAGUACUGAACUUCUUGCCUGCCCCUGUCAAAGUUGAAGCUGUGAGUAGCCAAGGUGGCCUAGUAUUUUGUGUGAACCAAAACCAUCGUAGAGUACCCGAAUAUUUUGUGUGCAAGCCUACCACUCUACAAUGGGAAACUUUACCCAAUCCAAAGACUAGGUACGACACCCGAAGUAACGCCAUAGUCGUGUUGAGUUCGAAACCUUUAAGGUACAAGAUUAUCCGGUUUUCGGAUCCCGAAUCUCCAGUCAAGUAUCAACUGCACCAAACCCUUAUAAGGUGCGAAGUGUUUGAUUCAAACACCUGGGCAUGGAAGGAGUUGAAACAUGUUAGUUUCCCCUAUUCUGUGUGGUUGAAACUCCCCCGGCGGCCUUGUGUAACAUCAGAUGGUGCGUGUUAUUGGCAUCUGACGAACAACCAAGUGCUUGCUUUUUAUUACGAAGACGAUAAAGAGAGUUGGGAAAUUUUUGAUUCACCAGAGCGGAGUGAUAGUGAGUACUUUGCCAUGUACACCAAACUCGUAGAGUACCAAGGUCGUCUUGCCUUGAUUUACUCUGAAGGAGGGUUGAUGGAGCUAUGGGUCAUGGAAGAUCAUGAGAAAAAAGUAUGGAGGAGACACAAACUGAUUAGUCUUGAUGGGCUUAAACAACUGGUGGGGCAGUAUCCUUCCCCUGAAGCAUAUUACAACAGUGAUAUUGCACUAAUGGAAGCGUGGCACGAAGUUUAUAAUUAA